GCCAUGGUACUAUAGUGAUGGACGUGGGCCGAGAUGAACGGCUGCUGCCACGGCGUCACCGUAUAUAACGGCGGAAUCAUGGCUCGUCAGGUUUAGGCAAGAUUUAGAUAAGAUUAAUUGAGUAUUAUCAAAAUCGUACGGACUCCCCGAGUGUUUCGGCCCAGGCGUAGUCGUCGGUGCUAAAACGAGGACGUGAGAUGUCCGGCUUUGACGAGAAUCCCUUCGGGGAGCCUACGAUUAACGAUCCCUUCUCGGAUCCUGCGAUACGAAGAGCAGUAACCUCUACACCGGCUAGCAGAGGUCUUGAGGAUUACAAUCCUUUCGCUGAGCAAGGUACUCAAGGAACUACACAAGUCAGAGGAGCAGUAAAUCCGCCCAUCUAUGGCGGAGUCGGUGCAACGCAGCAACCCGCUACGCUUCAACCUUCUAAUCAAGAAGCACCUCCUCCGGCGUACGCUCGUACUCCCCAGCAAACAGUCAAUGCGGCGCUUGGAAGCACCAUGUCACCUCCGUCAAAUCAACAAGUGGAACCGGAAUGGAAAACCAGGGCGGAAGAGGAAUUGAGAAAUACCCCGUAUUAUCCGAGACGAAAUAAUUGGCCGCCGUUACCAGACAAGUGCUGUUUUCAGCCAUGCUUCUAUCAAGAUAUUGACGUGGAAAUUCAUACCGAUUUUCAAAAAACAGUGAGGCAAUUAUAUUACCUCUGGAUGUUUCACGGCUCUGUUCUGCUGUUGAAUGUAAUUGGAGGCUUCGUCUUGAUGCUCUGUGGCGAGGGUUUCUCGACAUUCGGCCUGGCUAUCUUGUAUCUCAUACUCUUCACUCCAUUCUCCUUCAUGUGCUGGUUUAGACCAGCGUACAGGGCUUUCAAGAACGACAGCUCUUUCAAUUUUAUGGUCUUUUUCUUCGUCUUCUUCUUUCAACUAAUCGUCACCGGUAUCCAGGCUAUAGGUAUUCCUGGUGCUGGAACUUGUGGCAUAAUUACCGCAGUUAGAAUGUUUGACUCAUCGGCCAAAGGUAUUUUCGUCGGUCUUCUUAUGCUCUUCGUCGCUAUUUGUUUUCUUCUUGCGGCAGGUGGUGAUCUCUUACUGCUUUCUAAGAUCCAUCGCAUUUAUCGUACCUCCGAUGCGAGUGUUACAAAGGCGCAGCAAGAGUUCGCUACAACAUUUUUGCGAAACGAGCAUGUGCAAAACGCCGCGAGCAAUGUCGCGGCCAGUGCGGUUCGCACGCAAAUGGCUAACGCUAGCCAGCCACGUUACUAAAUGAUUCUACCAUUUAUUUGUUCUACGAAAAACACUAUGUUCUGGCUUUACAUCAUUCAGUAAGUGGAUAGAUCUCAUUAGUUCCACUAUUUAUGGAUUAUACGAUACAAUCAUAGAAAUGCAAUGUAUUGCAAAAACUUUAUUCUUACAAUGAAACGUUGCUAUGUAUGAAUUGCAUUAUACUUCACGAUGAAAUUUAUUCUCUGAUGUACGUUAUAUUAUUAACGUUAAUUGUACAGUUAACACUGCAAAGAGUAUUUCGAAGCAUCAACGGAUAUCCUAAAGAAAUCUUUCGAAACUAGUAUGUAUUUCUUUCCAAGUAUAAUAUUUUAUGUUGAAAGAAAAAAUUAUACUAUACACAUCUCUAUAUAAGUUUGAUGUAUUAGUUUGUAUUACUGUUUAUCAUGUACGUUUAUUUAUGAGAUCUUCAAAUUAGGUUACAAUGAUAUAAGCGAGCUAUUGAUAAUAUCA